AUGGGUCCCAGAAGACCUAGUUCGGCGACAGAUGUCGACUCACGUAUGCCGUUCGCAUCGGCGGAGGCACUGCUAUGGGGGCCAGAGAUGAAACAACAGCACGCCCACCUGCUCACGGAGAUGCGAACACUUCAGAAGCAUCAUGAAGAAUACGAAGCCCGCAUCAGAUCUACCGAACACGUUGCAGAGGCUGCCGAAGCUGCUACGUCGAGGGUCCGACACUUGGAGCAACAACUCGCAGCGAUCGAAGCCGAAGAUGACGACAAGGCUUUCGAGAAGUGGGCAGCAGGCGAGAUGACACGCCUCGGCAUCUUCGUCGACACGAACAAGCACGUCAGGCAGAAGCAGAUCGAGCUGGACAGUGUUGUGUCUCAUGCUAUGGACGAUCUCGACAAGCUCAAACAUGUCCCUAGAGAACUGAAGGGUGUUCUUCGACGUCUUGAUCUUCUCGAGACUGGUCGUAAUCAAGACGCGCGUCGGAUCACGAGUUUAGAGCAAGAAGUCACCCGGCUCAAAUCUACGCGACAGGAUCCCAACUCCAAUUCUAACACCGCUGGCCCACAGACCGUUUCCAAGCCUCAGCAUGGCAUGCUGAGAUCCAUGACACCGUCUCAAUUACUCAACGCCGGAACUUCAGAAGUAACAAGUGACACGGACGAUGAAGACCUGAUACUCAUGCCUAGCUUUCCACGUGAAGAUAUUCAAGUACCCCGGAGUCCUGAGAUGAGAGAAAGUCGAUACCUCUACUUCAGCUGUGCCUCCAGGUCGUCCGGUGAAGUCAGCAAGGCAGAGACUGAUGCAGAGACCUUCGAUCCACAACUCUAUGUUGCCACAUCCGGCAGACGAACAGAGACAAGUCCAGUCGCUCCACCUCCAACGCAGCUGACCGGCAACGCCAUUACACGAAAGCGAAAGCAGCCUACGAAGGAGCCUCAGACCCAAAGGCUGACUCGCGCUCAAGCCAAGAAAAUUCAAGAACAGGAUGCUGAAGAGCGAAAGCCGCAUGUAACAGGUAGCGAAUCACUCCUCCCACCAACACAGUUGGUCGAGCCAGCUCUUUCAUUGCGCAAGAAGCAAAAGACUGCCCAUGAUCAAGGAUCAGACGAUAUUAAGACCAGAUCCAGCACAGCGACACGUCCCACUGGCAGAGCUCCAGCAACCGCAAAGCGCAAUGCUGCUGCAAAUCAAAGCAGAAACACGGCGAUUGAACCCACUCAGUUGGUCACGAGAAGUCCUGCCAAGUCGAAUAUACCAAAAACCACCACUUCACCUACUAAGAGGAGGAACCCCUCACCAGUUCGGCCGAGUGUUGCGAACGAACAGGGGAAAAAGUCCCUCGUUGUUAUUUUACGCAGUCCACAGAAAGCGACACGGAUUGAACGUAGUGAGAGCGAUGAUAUGCAAACCACUGUGGCAGACAGAGCUAAGAAGUCACCCCGCAAAGCAGCAGCAGCGCCACUGUCACGUUUGAAGGCCAUUCCUAAGCCUUCGAGCUCCCUAAGCCUUCGAGCUCGCGCAAUACGGGCAUUCGAGUUGAGCUAG